AUGCUGUCAACUUGCUUCAGUAAUGCAGACAUCAAGGAGUCGAUUGAGGAGUGGUGGAGACGCGCCUACGUGAAGGGCCAGACCGAGCCCAUCUCUCUCGAGUGCGAUUUUGCCGGCCAGAAAAAGGUGUCCGUCGUGCCUGCAAGAACCGGAUGCACUACCAGCACCGAUUUUGCUGUCGAUACCUCCUACGCCUGGAGCCUGAUCGCACCACGUGACGAUCUCUUUGACAUCCUUUUCAUGGAGGGCGAUGUCGGCGUUACAUUCGAUGAAUGCGUGCCUCUCAAGGGAGACGAUCAAGAUAGCGACGGCGAAGUCCAUACGUCCUCCGUUCUUCUUGACGACCAAGAGUCCUCUGGUUCGAUGGUCCGCUGGGCCAUUGUCGAACCCAUCGACGGUUCGUUCCGAUCUAUGCAGUACCUGGCAGAAUGGCGUGAGUACCCUAGCUAUGUCACCAAAAUCCCUAUCUACGACAUGCCUGCCGCCAGCUUUCAGAAAAGCCAGGCCCCUGUCAGCACUGCUGCUGUCAAGGCACCAUCAAAGUGGUGCUCCAUCCUUGAAACUCUGAGGAAGACUCUCAAGAUCUCUGGCGAGGACUGGAGAAUGGCCGCCAAGUUGUACGGAUGCAGUGUAACACCUACCGCCCAGUCUAUCCUCAUGCACCUGCAAGACCAAGUUCCAAAAGGUCCUGCUACCGCCACAGAGUCUUUGUUGACGAUCCCCUCCUUCGAUGUUAUUUUUAAAGAGAUCGAGAAGUAUGCCAAGUACUUGGAGAGAAUUGUCUAUGGAGGCAGAUCCGGCGUGAGCCCCUCCGAGGAGGCCGUGAUGGUUGAAUCCAUCGAGCCCGCUCAUGUUCUUGCAAAUGGGGUGUGCGUUAACGUCGGCCUCGUUACAAUCUGUACUUGA